AUUUUAUGUUCAUAGUGAAUGGCAAUUCGCAAAAAUAUACGCAAUUUGUUGGUAAAUAUUUAUAAAAACAAGAUUUGAUAUUGAUAAAACAUUGUUUUUAAUGAAUAAUGGACGCCAAACGUGAGAGAAAGUCAUCCUUGGCACCACUUUCGCCAUGUCCAAUUCCCGAUAUUACGGACGAUGAACUCGUCACGAUUUCUGUGCGAGAUCUGAAUAGGACUCUGAAGAUGCGUGGCCUGAAUCGUGAGGAAAUUGUGCGUAUGAAGCAGAGGCGACGCACGCUGAAGAAUCGUGGCUAUGCUGCAAGUUGUCGAAUUAAACGGAUCGAACAAAAGGAUGAGCUGGAAACGAAAAAAUCGUAUGAAUGGACUGAGUUGGAGCAAAUGCAUGAGGACAAUGAGCAAAUACGCCUGGAUGUGAACAACUGGAAAAACAAAUAUAAGGCAUUGUUGCAAUUUGCCAUACAAAACGAUAUUCCAAUUCCAAGUGAGUUGGAGGGCUGCUGAUAUGCUGAUGAGUAUGGUGGCGCAAUUGAUCCACACAUUCCAGUUCCAGUUGCAAAAUUCAAUCAAAAUCAAAACACACCUGUCACCAUAGUACAAUAGCUGGAAUUUGAGUUGUAAUAAUCUGUCAUCAUCACUUUGUCAACCACUUGACUUUUAACUUUAAUAAACUUUGUAUACGAGAACAACCAA